CCAUACGAAUUUGAGGACUGAAACUUAAAAGAUUAUCUUUGACAAGUCGUCUCUAAAGUCUUCUUCCGAUCAUAAUUACUCAAAAACCAGAACCCAGAUAAGAAAUUGCAGUCCCACUUUCCAAACAAACUUUCUUGCCAAAAAUUGAAUCUUCUCAUUAUUACAUAACUUUGCAACCAUGUCCGAAGCAAUCAUAACAGUAGUCCUCACCCAAAUCGCCACAAUCAUCGACUAUCAAAUCCGGCAAGAAUUCCGGCUAGUCUCCGGCGUCGAAAAGGAAAUCAAGAAACUCGAAAGCGAAUUCAAAUCCCUCAGAGCCGUACUCGCCGACGCCGAGAAAAGACAGAUAAAAGACCAAACAAUCAAACUCUGGCUCGAAAAGCUCGUCGACGUUUCAUACGACGCCGAGGAUCUUCUGUCGGAAUGGAUUACAGCUGUGCACAAGUCAGAUUCCGAAGGGGGCCAAAACCCCCACUCUUCUCCCACACAAAAGGUCUGCUCUUUCAUCUCUCUACCUUGUCUCGGUUGCAAUAGGUACGCCCUCCGCCGUGAUAUAGCUGUAAAAAUCAAGAGAAUUAACGAGAGGCUUUCUUUAAUCGCCAUCGAAAAGGAUAGGUAUAAAUUCAAUUCCACCCCGAAAAUCGAAACCCUCGAUCGGCCUAGAUCGACGUCAUUCGUCGAUGUGUCGGAAAUCGAGGGUCGUGGUUCGGUUAAGAGAACCCUCAUCGACAAAAUGCUGUCGUUGUCGGAUACAAAUCAAGUCUUGAAUGUAGUUUCUGUAGUGGGAUUAGGUGGUAUUGGCAAAACCGCUCUAGCGCAGGUCGUUUACAAUUCGAGCGAUGUGAUCGUCCAUUUCGAGAGACGGAUAUGGGUCUGCGUAUCCGACCCGUUUGACGAAAUACGGGUUGCGAAAGCCAUUGUAGAAGAUAUCGAAGGGAGUGCCCCACACUUGUUCGAACUCGAAACUUUAACAAGAAAGAUUCGGACAUACGUACAGGAUAACAAGUUUCUGCUCGUUUUGGACGAUGUUUGGACAGAGAAUCCGAAGAAAUGGGAGAAUCUUUUCAACUCUCUGAAAACUGGUGCGCCGGGAAGUACAAUCCUGGUCACCACAAGAAACGAGAGGGUUGCUAUAGCUAUGAGAAGCUUAUACAAUCUUCCGUUAAGGGAGUUAUCGGGCCCCGCUUCUUGGUCUCUAUUCAAGAAAAUCGCGUUUUUCGAUAGGAAAAAAAAGGAGUGUGAUGAAUUGGAGGAUAUUGGGAAAUCAAUAGCCGAUAAAUGCAAAGGGUUGCCUCUUACUAUAAAGACUAUCGGGAGUUUAAUGCGUUUCAAGAACUCGUUGAAUGAUUGGAAAGCCGUUUUGAGCAGCGAGUUUUGGGGGUUGGGAGAAGAAACCGAAGAAGGGCCUUUCCCUGCUUUGAUGCUGAGCUACUAUAAUCUGCCCCCGAACGAAAAAAGAUGCUUUUUGUUUUGCGCCUUCUUUCCAAAGGAUUAUAUUAUCGAUGCGGAUAAUUUGAUCCAUCUUUGGAUGGCACAAGGCUGUCUAAUCUCGAAUGAUGACGUGGCAAUGGAGGUGCGAGGGCAAGAAUACUUGCAAAACUUGGCGAUGAGGUCGUUUUUCCAAGAUUUGGUGGGAGAGAAAAAUGGGGAAAAGAUUCUAACUCUUAAGAUGCACGAUAUGGUUCAUGAUUUCGCUCAACAUCUGACAAAGAACGAGUGCUCUGUGGUUGAGCUCAACAAUGAUUUCAUGCGAAAAAUGGAAUCUUUGGACAGCAGAAAGCCACGUCAUCUGACAAUUGUUCGCUCGGAAGAUUCCCGUUUUCCAGAUAAGAUUCCGAAUGUGGAAAAGGUGUUGACUUUUUGGGUUCAAUCUUUCCAUGAUUCUCCACCUAUUAGAAGCCAACUCGAUCGAAUCGAACCCGAGUUUUUUCUUCGCUCGACGUGCCUAAAAGCGCUGGAUUUGAGCCGCAAUAGAAUAGGCGAACUUCCGAUCGAAGUGGAGAAUUCGAGCAAGUUGAAGUACCUCAAUUUAUCCCACAAUCCAUUAUCGGAGCUGCCUUCGAACCUUUGUAACUUGUACAAUUUACAGACGUUGAAGCUCUCCGCAUGUAACCACCUCCAAAAAUUACCCGAAGAAAUCGGGAAGUUAGUCAAUUUACGGCAUCUUGAAAUCGAUCGAACCGACAACCUUAAAGCGUUGCCAAAAGGGAUCGGCGAAUUGAAGUCACUUCAGACGCUGAGCAAAUUCAUCAUCGGUAGAGGAGAUACUAAUGCAACGUGUGGGAUCGAAGAAUUAGGCAACCUUAACAAUCUCCGAGGAUGUCUGAAAAUCGAAGGACUUGGAAAUGUGGCGGAUGCUGACGUGGCGAAGAAAGCUCAGAUGCAUAAAAAGAUUCACCUCACUGAUUUACACAUGGAUUUUGGAAAUUCUGCUCGAAAUAGAAUCCACGAUGAGGUAAUCGAAGCUCUCGAGUUGAAUGAAAAUUUACAGUCUUUGGUGAUUAGUUCAUUUGGGGGCACUAAAUUCCCGAAUUGGAUGAUGAAUUUAACCAAAUUGCAAAAACUAUUUCUUCAAGAUUGCCAAAAUUGCAUAAAGUUGCCACCUUUGGGAAGAUUGCCAUCUCUCGUGACACUCGAUUUAGAGGGGAUGAAUACUGUAAAGUUUAUCGGGCUUGAUUUCUACAGAGACCCUUUAAACGUCAACGCGAAAUCGGUGUUUCCGAAGCUGAAGAAAUUGAAGAUCUCGAAAAUGGAGAAUUUGGAAGAAUGGGAUUUGAUUGGUCGAGAAGAUGGAGGAAUAUUCCGUGAUGGCGAUUUCGAGAUUAUGCCUCGUCUAAGAUGUUUGAAAGUUUCGAACUGCAGCAAUUUGAAGGCACUGCCGAACGUUCUACUCCAAAAGGUGCCGUUGAAGAAACUGCGUAUCGAUAACUGUACGCUACUGCGGGAAAAGUACCGCAAGGGAACCGGAGAGGAUUGGAAAAAGAUUUCACACAUCAAAAAGAUUAGAGUUUCUUGAUAUUAUUUGAUCACAAAUUUAAAUUAUUUGAUCCACCACCUCAUAAUUAAUAUUGUAUUUGCAUGUCAAUUAUUUCUAUACAUGUUAAUUAUAUUAUUGUCAUGAACAGUAAUUUAAUUGUCUUCAUAUUAAUUACUCCAACAUGUUGCACAUGUGGACAAAUAUUUUUUUAUAUUAUUGGAAUUGUGUACAGUAAGUAAAAGAUCCUCUGUAUAUAUGAUUUAUUUUUUC